GAAAGAAAGAUGGAGUGAGUGUGAAAGGGGAUUAUGAGGAGGAGAAGCCCGAAGCCCAGGGUCCAGUCUCUCUGGGGCAGGAGGGUAGUAAGAAGCCGAGGCCCGGUGUUAGGCCGCGGGGAGGUCAGUCUCGGUGUGGGACAGGCCCCGAUCCUCUUUGGAGUCUCCCCGCGGCCACCUCUUUCGGGCUGGCCCGGGUAAAAGGGGCAGGCACAGGGAGCUUAAAUCAGCAGCUGAGGACCACCGACUCCUCAAUAGUCUGCCAUCGAGGGCCUCAGUCUGUCAGAUUUAACCCCACAGUAAAUAGUGUUUACUGGAAGUUUUACAUCAGGUGACGAGUAACAUUGCUGAAGCUGCUAUGGCAUUAAAUCUUCGAAGAGUGGUUCAUUUUCUUUCGCCGGACUUACAGACAUACAACAUUUUACAAAUUGUCAAGCGGCAGUUGUUUUCCUGUAAAAGCCUUAACAAAACUCUGUAUCCACAACAUAGCAAGACUUUGUCAGUAGGACCUACAAAGGCAUGGUAUCAUCAGAUUCCCGAUAAAGGAUACCACAACAUCGUCAAAGAUCAGCCUGGUUCCACUUUGGGAACAGUGUGUCUCCAUGGCGAUGCUGGGGAGUACCUUAAUUUGGAUGACAAGCAGCGCACAUCCUCCAAUGAACAGGAGUUUUUAGAACAUUUGAACAACUGUAAAACUGCAAAGCACAUCUUUAAAUUUCUGAACUCUUCAGGUUCCAUUACAGAUACAAUGGCUGCUGCUGCCUUGCUUAGAAUAUCGCAGAUUGAAAGAGAUGGGAGUAGUCUGAAGGACCCUGGGGCACUGCUGGAGAAUGAGGCAUUCAAGGCAUUGUGCUUCCACUUUGAGCAUGAGUCUUUGAGGCUCAGCAGUACAGGACUGGUGACUGCUCUAUAUGCUUACGUUCAACUGUAUGUGGACCCAAAGAGCACACUCAUGUUGCGGCUAAUGUCGGAAUGUCAGAUGCGGCUUAACAAUGGACAGAUGACCAUUACAGACUUGUGUUUGUUGGGCAAGGCCUUGCUGGACUUGGAAGGCCCAGGGUGUAGAAUGUUUAAGCAAGUAAUGGUUGAAAUUCAAAGAAUCAAAAUUGUUGACUGGACAUCUGAAGAGAUAAUAAUGGUUUAUAAUUUGCUGGGGGCUACUGCGGGAGAAGGAGGAAAUUAUCAGCAGUUGUUGAACAAAAUGAAUACUUACACCCUUCAUUUAGCUUCCAAGUUGAAUCGUAAAGCCAAAAAUGAGAUACUCAAUGCAAUGGUUGUCCUUAAACAAACUCAAGCACUUCCUUUAGUGAUUAAUCUAUGUAAACAUUCAGUGAGACAUGUUCCUCAAUUCUCAGACCAGGAGCUCAUAGUUGUACUGAAUGCUCUCAUGUACUUUGGACAUAGUGACAGAUUUUUCACUGAUGCUCUGGAGCAAAAUGUUCCCAAAAAAACCUUUUCGUUAAAACCAGAGGCAAUCAGCAAAGUGAUGCAAUACUGCAGCCAACGGCGAAUUCUGUCACUUCCCAUAUUUGAUGCAGUCGCUGAGAGUUUUGUUUACAAUUCAGAUAAUUUUACAACUAAAGAAAUUGCCUUACAAAUUAUGCCAUUUGGCAAGCUGAAUUAUCUGCCACCAAAUGCUAGUCAGCUCUUCAAAAAGAUUGAAAACUUAUUAAGAGGACGAUUUUCACAAUUUCAGCCACGUAUUUUGUUGAACCUUCUUCAUUCCUGUAUAUUAUUAGAACGCUUUCCUGUGAAUUUUGUAGCCAAAAUCUUCAGUCCAUACUUUUUGCAGCAGCUGGAAGGGCUUGAUGGCCAAGAUAAGUGUGUUCAUGACAAAGCCAACACAUUGAGCAUCUACCUGAAAAUCCUUGCAAUACGCACCAAUGGAAAGGGUGAUGUUGGUGAACAGGUGGAAUGUGAUUUUGUCCUCGUAUAA